AUGCUAAUCAUAACAGCAGAUCAAGACAGCAACAACAUGCAAAGGCCGAAAGAAGACCUGCGCAACAUUCCUCUUCCCCCGACGCUUGAUUGCUCUGUUGCAUACGUCCUGGGGGGGCUUGUUGAACCGGCAUCGGGGCCGGGUACUGCAUCGACUGUGGUGGCGGGCCUUGUGGUGGAUAAGCCGGCCAUUGAGGAUAUCCAUAGGAUGCAGCUGGCUGGGGCGCUUGGGGAGGAGGCUGAUAUCGACACAAUGCGGAUAGCUGCUGAUCUUCACUGGACGGAGUAUUUCAUGCAAGAAAUGAAAAGAAACCAUGCUUCAGGAAUUAUUCAUCCAUUAAUGUACGCUGUCAAAUCGCCGCCGGAAGAAUAUAACUGCCUGUUUGCACGGAGAAGCCGGAACCCGGUGGGUACUCCCGCCAAACGCUGGCAUCCAUUGGGGAAAAGUUGGGUGGGGAUAGUCCAGUGCAUGGAUAGAGGUGAUGAUAGCCCGCCACACUCGAGAGGCUGGGUGGAAGUUCUCAGGAACAACAGAAUCAUCCUGACUCUAGUCGGAAGUGGAGUGGUUCAUCGUAGUUCGGAUACUCACUGGAAGGCUCCCCGGGAUUCCUUGCCACGUUGGCCAGUUGCACCGCCUCCUGCAAGCCUCUCGGCCGGUCCUGAUCCAGAGUAUACAUUGUAUGCUGGCACCAUCAACAGUGUGUCGUUCCCCUUGAAGUUGUUCUGCAUGCGCUGGUCGGGAUGA